AUGAGCUCGUCGGCGGCCAAGAAGGGGGUGUCGAUGGUGGUGGCGACGAGCAUGGCGGCCGUGGAGGCGCUCAAGGACCAGGCGGGGCUGUGCCGCUGGGACUACGCGCUCCGCUCGGUCUACCACCGCGCCGUCCCGGCGUCCCUCACCUCCAACUCCUCCUCUUGCCAGGCCGUGAGCGGCAGCGCGGCCGCCGUCGGGAGGGCUGCCCGGCCAAGGCGGUCCGAGGAGGAGAAGCUGCACAAGGCGUAUCACGUCGUCUGCUGGGGUCCCAACUGA